AUGUGCCAUGUGAAGCGAUCCGAGUCAAAGUACCUGGGGUUUAAUGAGGACCAGGUCGAUAAAGAGCACCACGAAGUCGUGCUCUACAUAUUUGUCACAGAAAUGGCCACAUUUCCGGCAGACAGUGAGGCGAAUCAGGUGCCCAUUGGACUUAUCAUCAGCUCCAGAAUAUUGCGUCCACAGAGUUUUGACAGGAUACCGGCACUCUAUACAGAUAGGCAUUGGUAUGGCGAGAAGUCGCGUAGCUUCGACAUGGGAAAUUUUAUUCGUGGUGUAUUGCUCAGUGUCGUAUGCGACUUUGCGUUUACACGGGCGUCUAAUCGGAUUGACGAUAUUCAGGUCGAGGUGCUACAACCCAUAGCCACUCACAGCUUCGGCCUCACCAAAGGUCUCUCUUCGACCUUUCCCAUGACGAGGCGCUCGUCGUCUGUUGAUGUCGGUGGUAAAUCCUCCCUCGAGCUGCAAAACCCAGAUGCCGAGUCAGAACACCGCCUCAAUGGCUUAAUAUCCCGGCAACCAUCGACUUCAAGGCAACUCAGCGGCGUCUAUUCGAGCCAGGCGAAUGGCCAUCAGCACCCUGCCAGCCAUGCAGCAGUCGCAUCCUUUCCACCAUUAUCGCUCCCUACUUCGUCGCCCAGUAUGACCACGACCAAACAGCCGCCCCUAGCAAGCUCGGGGGCGCGCAAUCGCAGUCUUUGGUUCAUGUCGGUUCUGUCCUUUUUUGUUGCCACGGCUGGUGUUGGCCUCCUGUUCGCUAUCUUUCGGUCGCUCACGACCCGCCAAAUUGAGCCCAAAGGAUGUCGAAUGUCGUAUAUGCGACCUUCCUACAUUCAUUUCUCCGAAUUCGAUACUGAGCACACCCGUUUUGCAAGCAAAUACUCCCUAUAUCUCUAUCGCGAGCAGGGAAUCGAUGGCGGUCAGUUGCGCGGAAUCCCGGUCCUCUUCAUCCCAGGUAAUGCUGGAAGCUACAAGCAAGUCCGGCCAAUUGCUGCAGAGACUGCCAAUUACUUCCAUGAGUAUCUUCAGCAUGACAGCAACCAGCUAGAUUCUGGCAUCAGGACUCUUGAUUUCUUCACCGUCGACUUUAAUGAAGACAUCACUGCAUUCCACGGCCAGACCUUACUUGACCAAGCUGAAUAUCUCAACGAAGCCGUCCGAUACAUUCUUUCGCUCUACUCUGAGCCACAGAGAGCCUCCCGAGAUUCGCAUCUACCCGAUCCUACAUCCGUCCUAAUUCUUGGGCAUUCGAUGGGAGGAGUUGUCGCAAGGGCAAUGUUGGUUCAACCAAACUACCAGGAGAAUUCGAUCAAUACCAUCAUUACAAUGUCAGCACCGCAUGCACGCCCUCCAGUUACAUUCGACGGCCGGAUCGUUCAAAUCUAUGAUGAAAUCAAUGACUAUUGGCGGCGUGCAUAUACCCAAAAGUGGGCCAGCAACAAUCCGCUGUGGCAUGUCACUCUGGUAUCAAUCGCUGGUGGAAACUUGGAUACUGUUGUGCCGUCCGACUAUGCCAGCAUUGAGUCGCUUGUGCCCGAAACUCAUGGAUUCACUGUUUUUACAUCGGGAAUACCAACGGUAUGGACAAGCAUGGACCAUCAGGCGAUUCUCUGGUGCGACCAAUUUCGAAAGGUGCUGGCCCAAACUUUGUAUAGUAUCAUUGACGUUCACCGAGCCUCUCAAACGAAACCCCGAGCACAACGGAUGAGAGUCUUUAAGAAGCGACUUUUGACUGGGUUGGAAACGAUUGCUGAGAGGACUCUGUCUCUAAAUGAGCCGACGAUCCUCCUUACAUUGGACGACGCGUCUAGUACGGUAGUGCCAACCGGGGGCCGACUAAUCCUCUCACAGCUAGGUUCUGAGGGUACGCCCAAGGCCUAUCUCCUUCCCGUGCCACCAAAUGGAUCGCCUGAGCCAAAACGCUUUACUUUGUUGACUGAUGCUCAACUUAGCGCACCUAUCUAUAGCAACCAGCUGCAAGUCCUCUUGUGCAGCGUUUCUCCCGUUCAACACACGAGUGUCAAUUCGUUCUUCUCCUCUACGAUAGAUCUAUCGAGGAACGGUACUACACCGACGAAGUUGGCAUGUAAGGAUGCCGCAUCUGACACGGUUCUGCUUCCAGCUUCGACAACAAAGAUUCAGGCCCCUUUCUACCUGGACGGAGAAUCCCAAAUAUAUCCCUUUUCAUAUCUACAAUAUGAUGCUGAGCAUCUCUCCGAUCAUCAGUUUGUUGCCGUCAUCGAUAGAGCAACGCAAAUCAGUCAAGGCUUUGCUGUUGCAGAAUUUAGUGAUCACUCAUCCUUUCAAAAGAAGGAAGACAUUAGCCUCGCUCGUCUUCUCACAUUUGGUCUAUCAUUCCGGCUGCCCGCCGGUCGCCCUAUUGCCAUGAAUAUCAACAUUCCGGCCCUCAAAUCAAGCCUGAUAGCCUUCGACAUGGUGAUAAAAAAUCAGCAAUGCGUUGGAAAUCAACAGCUGUUUGCGCCACUAAUCCGCCAAUAUAUUCAAAGGCCCUACGAAUCGAAAUACUUCGUCAAUGCCGUGGCGACUGGGAUAAGCUUCCAUGGUGUUGCCCCAUACAUGCCGCCUCCAUUAACGCCACCCAGUGCCGAGGGCCUAGCUUUUGGGAUAUGGUCUGAUCCGACGUGUGAAGGGCCCUUGGAAGUCGACAUUUAUGUGGAUGUAUUAGGAAGUCUCGGCAAACUGUAUAUGCGAUAUCGUACAGUUUUUGCAGCUUUUCCUCUACUCAUCGUUACGUUGGUGAUUCGGAAGCAGUUCAACGUUUACGACACGACGGGCACCUUUAUCUCCUUUUCCGAAAGCUUAGAUCUGUCCAUGCGACAGUCAAUUCCGCUUCUACUUUCUUGUCUAACUCUAUUGUCUAUUUCCCCCAGUGGAGUGACGACUUUUCUCGCCACGCUUGUGGACAACAACCAGGCGAAUCCAAAUCUUUCUUCGAACAUCAGCUUUCAUAAGAACGACCUUCUCAUUGGUACCGACGACCCCUUCUUCAUCUAUCUUGUGCCUUUUAUUGGCAUUGUAUGUAUCGGCGUCUGCACUGUCUUGCAUUGCAUUCUUCUUGCUCUGACAAGAAUUCUUGGAGUCGCAUAUGCCGUAUUCACGGCAAUUCCUGCAAUCAACGGCAAUAAUCUGCUGAGCCCAUCACCGAUGUUUGCACCAUCUACUCCUCGGCGAAGGGUGAUCUCGACGAUCAUCCUGUUAUUUCUGGUAUCCACCUUCAUUCCGUACCAAUUCGCGUACUUGGUCGCUUGCCUUGUACAGAUUCUCACCGUUGUUCGCGCUCUUCGCAUAUACGUUGUCACACCUUCAACGGCCAACUCCAACUAUUAUCACUAUUCGCACUCUAUUCUUCUGCUAAUGAUGUGGGUUCUCCCCAUCAAUUUGCCUAUACUGGCGGUCUGGGUUCGAAACCUCGCCGUUCACUGGCUCACACCGUUUUCUUCUCAUCACAAUGUGUUGUCUAUAAUGCCAUUUAUAUUACUGGUGGAAAAUUUGACAACAGGCAAGAUGGUUCCACAAGUGACAUCUGGAUUUCGCCAUAUUACCAGCGGGCUUCUUUUUGGCACGGCGCUUUGUGCUGCAAUUUACGGCGUUUCACAUGCAUACAUGCUCCAUUACUUGGUUAAUGUAGUAGCUGCAUGGCUCGUCAUUUUACACUCUUCUUCGGAGCCAUGGUCAUUAAUGAAUUUCGGUACUUUUUUAGAAGGGGAUGUGGAUGAGUUGGAAGAAAAGCAGUAA